UUAAAUAUCUAAAUGAAAUUAAUUCUCAAUAAAUAAAAUAUGUAAAUUAUUUUGAGACGAAAAAAUUAUAUAAAAAGGAAAAUAAAGAAGUUGACGCCCCAGCAAACAGGUUUAGCUCCUCCUUUCUCUACGGCGUGCAUUUUUGGUGUGUCCGUACAUCCGGCGAUCCCCCAAUUUUUCACUCACAAUGGAGUCCUGCCCUGCAAUUAAGAACAUUCUGCUUCUAGAUUCUGAAGGAAAGCGUGUUGCUGUCAACUACUACUCAGAUGAUUGGCCAACAAAUGCUGCAAAGGAAGCUUUUGAGAAGGCUGUGUUUGCCAAGACUCAAAAGACUAAUGCUAGGGCAGAAGCUGAGAUAACAAUGUUUGAUAAUUAUAUUGUUGUCUACAAGUUUGCCCAAGAUCUUCAUUUCUUUGUUACUGGGAGUGACAAUGAAAACGAAAUAAUCCUUGCCAGUGUGCUCCAAGGAUUCUUUGAUGCUGUUGGUAUUCUUCUUAGGGUCAAUGUAGAAAAGAAGGAGGCUCUUGAAAAUUUGGACCUUAUUCUUUUGUGUCUUGAUGAAAUUGUUGAUGGCGGAAUUGUUCUUGAAACGGAUGGAAAUGUUAUUGCUGGAAAAGUGGCAAGCAAUAGCGUGGAUUCUGGGGCACCUUUGUCAGAGCAGACUAUAAGUCAAGCAUUGGCAACUGCACGAGAACACUUGGCGAGGUCUCUUCUCAAAUGAUUUAUUGGGUCAACAGAAGAAAGGUGAAUGAACUAAUUGACGAUCAUCAAGUUGCAUGUGUUUCAAAGAGGUUUCAACUUAUCCCAACAUGUUUGGAUUUUGUUGGAUACGCUAAAGAUCUAAAUCAUGUAAUGCAAACCUGAGUGUAGAGCGGGGUAAAGAACUCGUUUGCAAUGUGGAUUUUGGCCUUACAUAGUGUCAUUGACUCUUUUCUUCA